UGAUGAAAAUACGACUAUUCCUUGCUGAACUGUUGAAAUGUGUACAACUUAUGCGUAAUUUCAAAACAAUUCUAUAAACAACGCACAUAGCCCUCCUUUUGUUUGCUUGCACUAAAAUUAACGAUUUUUAUAAUCUAUCUUGUUCUUUUUGAAAUCAGUGAAUAGUGAGUGUAAAAAUGGUGUCCGGCGGAAUGACUUGCGUCAAAUACAUGACGUUUAUCUUUAACUUAAUAUUCGCAAUCACAGGAAUUGUCUUUAUUGCAGUUGGUACUGUAAUCCUUGUAGUUUACGGUGGCUACAAUAAUUUUAUGGACAAUUGGUUUUUUGCGGCACCAAUAUUGAUGAUUGUAGUAGGUGGCAUUGUGUUUAUUGUAUCAUUCUUUGGAUGUUGUGGUGCUAUCAAAGAAAACCAUUGCAUGAUAAUAACGUUUUCUGUAUUACUCCUUUUAAUCUUUGCACUCGAACUUGGUGCUGGUAUUGCUGGAUACAUGAUGAGAGGAGAAGUCCAUGCAAUGGUAGAAAAUCGAUUAAAUAGUACUAUGGAAAAGUAUUCAACGAAUGAUGAUAUACGCCGAUCCUGGGAUAUUAUGCAGCAUGAUUUACAAUGUUGCGGAAUGCAUAGUGCAUCUGAUUGGACUCAUAUUGGAUUCCCAGAAAAUACUGUACCAGUUUCUUGCUGUAAAGAAGUACCAGAAGGAAGUACAUGUGACACAAAUUCAGUUCAUAUAUAUACAAGUGAUUGUAUGAGUAAUCUUCAAGCUGCUAUUGAACGUAAUGCUUUGAUUUUGGGAGGGGUAGGCAUUGGCAUUGCUAUUGUUCAGUUAAUUGGAAUAAUCUUUGCAUGCUGUUUGGCACGUUCAGUUCGGCGCGAGUAUGAGACUGUCGAGACUGCAGCGCAUUGAUUCGACACCCAUUAGGAGGC